AUGGAGGCUGUGGCUGAGCUUUCUAACCACAUUUCUCAGUUCUCUAUUUUUGCUGGGACCGCCGAUAAGUGGAUUUGGACCGCCUCUGCUGAUGGUCGAUACACAACAAAGUCAGCGUAUCAAAUCAUCAAUCAAGUCACCUCAGAGAGCCCGACACUUGGGGUUGACAUUAAGUUACUGAAUUCGGUUUGGAGAGCAAAGACACCCCAAAAAACGUCUGCAACGGCAUGGAGACUCCUCUUAAACCGACUCCCAACAUGUGACAAUCUGCUGAGAAUGAAGAUCCUUGAGAACGAAGACGAAGCUACUUGUGGUGAAUGCCAUUCGCGAGGAGAAUCUGCCAAUCAUGUUUUUCUACAGUGUUCAAAGGCGGAGAUGGUGUGGAAUGAGAUCCAACAGUGGAUGGGUUUUUAUAUGGCACGGCCAGCUCGUAUUCAAGACUUUUUCGGUAUGUUCUCUUCAUUCCAGAAUGACAAGAAAAUCAAAUCUUUGUUGUUGUUGACUUGGGUUUGUACUAUUUGGAUUUUAUGGAAGAAGAGAAACGAGAAACGUUUUGAAAAGAAGGAGUGGGAUGCAAACUCCGUUGUUUUGGAGAUCAAAAUUAGGCUUUGGAGUUGGAAUAAGGUGUUUAGAAUUGUUGGCAAAGAGCUUGAUGUCCAAGCUUGGUGUGCUGCUGAUCUCAUUAAUUCCUUGUUGUAA